CAAUGGUGUGGCAACCCCUUCCAGCUGUCAAAAUCUGCCUCUUGUCACCUUUUCUUUCUUUUCCGGUCAACGAACAGACCUCCUUCAAGAUGAGGAAAAUUAUGAAACAAGGCAAAAUCGUAAUCGUCCUUAGCGGACGUUACGCUGGCCGCAAAGCCAUCAUUGUCAAGACCUCUGAUGAUGGCACACCGGAGAAACCAUUCGGUCACGCUCUGGUUGCCGGUAUCGACAGAUACCCACGUAAGGUCACCAAGAAGAUGGGCAAGAACAAGUUGAAGAAGAAGUCCAAGAUCAAGCCUUUCCUCAGGAGCCUUAACUACAACCAUCUGAUGCCCACCCGUUAUACGGCUCAUGACAUCAGUUUCGAGAAGCUGUCGCCCAAGGAUCUGAAGGAUCCCGUCAAGCGGAAGACUCACCGUUUCCAGACCCGCGUCAAGUUCGAGUCCGUGUACAAGGAGGGCAAGAACAAGUGGUUCUUCCAGAAGCUGCGUUUCUAAGCAUUCAACUGGAUAACAAUUUGUCGUCGUUUUUUUUAAGUUUAAAUAAAAAAAACUAAGUAAGAAAUGUGACCGAUGAAA